GUGUCAAAUUGCAACAAUCUUCAAUCUUCUCCAGCGGCGCUAUUCCCACCCAAUUACCCAAAAAGGAAAAUGAGAAAACCCCAGGCGAAGUAGCCGCUUUGUUUCUCUCGCCGUUAUCUCCCCCAUUUCCGAUCCGUUCGUGAACAGUACCAAAUCUGGCCGUCGACGGUCUUCACUCCGAGGCAGACUCUGUCUCUCCCCCAUUUUUCUUUUAUCUGUCAAGCUCAAGAAAAAAACCAAACUUAAAUCCUGUAACCGAGAGAGAGUUAAAAAAAGAUGACAAAUUGGGGGUUCUAGAAUUCUUUAUCUCAGAUAAUGCUCGCUUUCUCAGAUCCAUUUCCUCCCAAUUAAAUAAUCCCUUCAAGGUUUUCGGGUGUCGUUUUUUGGGCUUUUCGGUGAGACCAGGGUUUUGACUCUCUUUCUUUAUAUUCUCGUGUUUUUAGCUUGAUCAAGAGGGAAUGUGGAUUUUAUUGGUAAAGGAGGUUGGGACGCUGGGUCAAUGUUAAACUGCUGAGGAACACUUGUUUAGUUUUUAAUCGUUUUGUCUUACACCCUAUGGCAAGUUCUGUUGAGUGCUGCCCUAAAUCUAUUGAAGCUUCUGCCGGAGGGUUGGUGUGGGUCCGCCGUGGAAAUGGGUCUUGGUGGCCGGGUCAGAUUAUAGGUCAGGAAGAACUGGUAGAGAGUAGCACGGCCUCACUCAGAGAAGGGACUCCAGUUAAGCUCAUAGGAAGAGAAGAUGCAAGUGUGGACUGGUAUAACCUUGAGACAUCUAAACAGGUCAAGGCUUUUCGUUGUGGGGAGUACAAUAAGUGUAUUGAGAAAGCUAAGGCUGUUGCAGCUAAUAAUGCCAAGAAGGUAGUUAAACAUACUCGAAGAGAAGAUGCCAUUCUUCGUGCUCUUGAACUUGAAACUGCCUCUCUAACAAAAAAUGAAGAAAAUAUAGGCAAGGAAAGCAAUGGUUCUGAAGGCUGUUCAACUUCAGAUCCAGAACUGUCUGAACCAAACACUGUUAGUGCUGAAGAACAGCUCGUACAGGAAGGCAGUCAACAAAAUGGAACCUUGUUGAGUGAUUCAGAUGGUGGUGGUGGUGGUGGGAUCGCAGAAGGAGCUAAACGCAUGAGAGGUCUUAAUGACCUGGGGACUGGGGUGGUCCAAUUAUUAAAAAGGAAAAGAUCUCAAGUGGCACAUGUUCGCGAAUUUUUGAAAAAGAAAAGCCGUCGUCGGCGCCGCUUGAUGAAGGUUCUAGAGAGUACAGCCAUGGUGACCAAUCCUGUUGUUUCUGAAGGCGGCGUUCCCAGUCCAAAUAGACCAGAUUGCAAGGUGAUGGAGAAAGCUAGUCCAAGCAUUCCGGAGUUGCCUGAAAAUGGUGGUGUACAGACUAGCUUGUUUGACGUUCCAUUUAUCGCAGGAGAGAAAAAGUCUCCAGGCUUGUCUCCAGUUGUAUCAUUAGCAUCUCAGAAAGCUGAAAUUGGUGUAGGAGAAAAAGGUAGUCAAAGCAGUGAAGUUGGAACAAUGUCAUUAGGGAUCAACAAUGGUGAGCUCAUCGAGUCGGGAUCUAAGAGUUUGACUAAUUUGGAGGUCAGUGAUGUUAGCAAAGGGAUAGAGAAAGGGACUUCAAAGUGGCAGUCAAAACGAAAGAGAAACUCCAGGCACAUACGGCAAACCAAAGUAUGUGUUUCGGGGAAAAGAACAGGUGUAAAUGGCAAAUCUCUCGCAUGCUCAAAAGCAUUUUAUACCAAUUGCAAGUCAAAAACAGUUGAAGAAUUUCAGAUGGACGAGUUUCAAGGUUGGGGCUGGAACAUCUCACAGGUAAAUGAACCAAAAGCUGAGGUGUCGAAUCCUCACAAAUUACGGCCUUAUCGCCAGUCCCGCUUUACCGUGAACCCUAAGUAUGAGUCAUCAGAUUUCUCUUUUCUAAACCACAAGGCCAAGCUGUCUCCACUGUAUGAUGUCAACCUGGAAGUGAAAUCCAGCUAUGGCCGAUCUCAACAGGUUCCUUAUGUGUCUCUAACAAGCAAAAUAAAUGGCGGCCGUCCAAUCACCGGUCACCCACUCACAGUUGAGGUAUUAGAUGAUGGCUCCUGUGCUCAACUACUGCUAAUGAGUGCUUCUGAUUGCUGUGAUGAUUUAGAAGGUGUGAAUUUAUCCAAACGGAAGUCUUGUAGUAGGAAGUUUAAGUCAAAGAAUAGUGAUCUACUGUCUUCGAAGAAGAUGAGGAAAUUGUCUUCAUUAACCGGUUCUCGCAAGCAGAGCCAAGACAAGACAAAAGCGAAGCUUGUGGGGCCCAUGAUAGCUUGGGUCCCGCUGAAAGUAGUGUUCAGUAGGAUCAAUGAAGCAUUGACUAGUAUUUCAUCUCAUGGAACCAGCAAUGGUUGACUCUUCUUUUUUAUUUGUUCAACUGAAGAUUGGUGUCUGCCCUGAAAGUACAAAUUCUCGGAAAAUGGUUGGAUAUGGGCACUAUGCAUAAACUGUGUAACUUUAUUGCAGAUGUAAAGAAUGAUGCUCUCAGUAGUAGAUAGGAAGUUUCCGGUUUUGUCUCUAUUACUUCCAGACUAGAUGUAUCCAAGUAAAAUAAGGAAAAGAAGAGAGAAAUGGUGAUCCAAUCUUGGCUGGUUAAAUGUAAAGAAUUUUCUGUUACUCUUGACAUUUGGCUGCUAACGAAUUUUGGACAAGGAUUUAUUCCUUCCUGGACUGAAACUUCAAACUUCGUUGUUUUGUUAGGAAUGUAAAGUGCCAUUUUUUUAUGUAUUUGGCAUUGCUGGGUAACUAAGUAUUCAUUGCUCAUAGCCUCAUACUGUAUGCCUGCAUAAACAUUGUGAUUUUCCAAAUUACCCCCUCACCUGGUUGCUUUGGUUUCACAUGUUGAGUGAUGAGUACUGGGUGACAGACUUCCAAUUGCAGUUUGGAUGUAAUAUAGUGUCAUUUUCUUAUUAUUUUAACCAUGUUUCUCUAUUUUUUAAGGAUAUUACUACCAUGAUAGUUUAUUCUCAUGAAGAGAAAAAUCUAAAUUAGAAGUGAAAGCGUGUUUGCUUGAACACAAAAACAUGAAAAAUAGAAGUGUUUAAAACCUGUACUGCCACCACGACAGAAGACAACCACCAGGUCCUCCACCUAUUCUGGCUAUUGGAAAUGUG